UGAAGCAAUCGGAUACAGAAAUGUCUUCUGCUGGAUGAAAACACUGCUAGCAACCAGCAACCUCUGGAGAACUCUUUAUAUUGCUGUAUAUUAUAACUCUCGCACAACUAAGGACGACUCUUGGCACUUUAUCCACUAUAGGAAAGCCAAGAUUUCCCCCCAGGCACGAAGAGACACGUUUCAUCCAUACGUCAAAAUAUGAUGAAGUGCAUAUAGAGUUUUAAUAGAACAAACAAGUGCUGUGUUUAACCAUGACUGCAGAUGACAAAUCUGAUGGCUCAGGAUCUUCAGAGGGAUCUGCAGCAAGCCUUGGAGCUAUUGAAAAAAUGUGUGCAAAAGAAAAUAAUGUGCGAGCUCGAGUCGGUCUGUACAUGAAAGAUGGAAUAAAGCUUAGAGCAGACUUUCAUGCCCUCUAUAGAGCUUUACCAGACUUAAGAAAGAAAAAAGAUCGUCGGAAGCUUAGAAGGAAAGCAAAAUCUAACAGACAUCAUAAAGAUAAAAAGAAAAAGGGAGAAGUUGGUGGUGGGAGCAAUACCUGCACCAGCCUAAUGCCGGUCCUAGAACUCCCUGGAAACCCUUCGUCAUUUGCGGUGUAUGCUCACGUGCGAGGACUUGUGCUGGAGAAUGCUGCACGCCAGGCCCAGGGUGUUUACUUGGCAACAACCCAGCCUCUUCCAUCAGACUCUGAUACUGAUGAUGAAGCCGACAAAGGAAGGGAACUUGCAAUACAGAUUCCAAAAAUGGUUGGCUUGGGCUUGGUGAGCGUAUAUGAGUUAAUACGUGGGUCGGUGUCUGCUUAUCCUGCCCUAUGUAUUCGUGCUCUUGAGGCUCUCCUGGACAUUCUCCAGGGACAGCAGCCAGAAGCUUUGCGUAGUGAACCGCCAGAGGUUAUUGAUGCACUGUUUAGUCUGCUCUUGCGGCUGGCCACAGCAAGCAAUGGAGAUGUGCUGACCUGUCCUUCCUCGCCUCUGGUGGGUGUAGCAUGUGCUUGUCUCCUCUCCCUGGUAGUAGCACGUGGUGAAACUGGAAAGUUCCUGAGAGCUACAGCAGAUAUUCUCAUGACUUCUCGUCAGCUAGCCAGUCAGAGUAUUCAGGUGCCGGUGAUCUUGACAUUCCUCCAGCGUAGUGUUCAUGCAGUUUUGCUGGGGAAAACUUCUCGUCCUGAUUGGCUUUUAUGUGGAGUUCCAAAAUCUGCCCUUAUUGACAAAUUCUCUGUUAAGAUCAUGACAGAUGGAGAGGAGUCAAAAGAAGACAGUACAAUGACUUGUGAUGGCCAUUAUCUGUACAUUCAUAAUGCUCACGGACUCUUCAAAAUUGGUUCCGGCUUUGGUGGAACCAUGAAAGGUCAUGUUUACAUGCAUCGACCAGACUUUUAUCCAAAGCAAAAAGGAUGGCUUGGCUUUGCUAAUGGUGAUGUGUUUUACCGACCGGAAGGCAGUAAUGGUGAACUGGUUGUUAUAGACCGGGAGGUGCUGAAGGUGGCUGAAGUGUACCAGUGUUCCGCUCCAGGAUGGUCUCGAGGAUUACCAUUUAGUGAUGGUAUUAACAUUGGUCACAUCUCCCCUGACAGAGAAGAUGGAUUUGUGGUCAGGACAUACAAUCCUCUAGUCAAACCAAUGCCUCUUGUAAAUGAACUGAGUCUCAACUUGGCUAUAAAAUGUAUACAGAUUUUGGGUGGGCCUGAUCAACACUCUACGCUGUCUGCAGGGCUAGAUGAGGACAUUGUUACAGUAGCUGCUGGGAAGGAGUUCACUCUUGUGAGGACGGCUGGUGGCCGGAUUUAUUAUAAUGGAAAGGCUUCUUCAGUUGGGAUGAAACAAGGGAGCAGCAGCAGCAGUGCUGGUAACACUGGUACCGGGAGCGGCAAUAGUGGUGGAUGUGCCGUGGGUACUAGUAUUUACGGGGGCGGCACUGCUGUUAGCCAGGUUGCUAUUGGUCCUAAUCCGCCUACGAAAAGUAAUACGCAAAGUGGAAGAUGGCCAGAACUCACCAUUACCAAAUCUCCACGCAUAAUACACUUAGCAGUUGGACAUGAAGGACAGCAUGCAGUGCUCAUUUCAGAUGAUGGGGCAGCAUUUUUUGUUGGAACAGCACGACGAGGAGAAGAUGGAGAUGCCAGUAAAGGUCGGCGACAACCUAAACCAGUGAAACCUAAAAAGAUGAUUAAGUUAGAUGGGCAGUUUGUUGUGAGCGGUGCUUGUAAUAAUGGUACGUCUGCACUUGUGACUCGUGACGGAGAGCUCUACAUGUUUGGCAAGGAUACCUCUCAUUGUGAUAGCUCUACUGGAUUGGUUACAGACCUUCGUGAUGUUCAUGUCAGCACUGUGUCACUUGGCAAAGCCCAUGCCUUGGCUUUAACCAACAAGGGUCAAGUCUUCAGCUUUGGCAUUAAUAAUAAGGGUCAAUGUGGAAGAGACUUCAUUCCACAGGUUAAAGAAGGAACUGGCAUGUCCAUGUCUGUAGGGCCAGCAGGAGAGGAAGAAGUGGAAGAUGAAGAUGGUGUUGAGAGUGAGGAAGGAGGCGAAGGUGGGAUGUGCCCUCCAGGUCGCCAUCGGUGGGUUCGUGACCACUGCCUUGUAUGCACUGUCUGCCAUGAGUGUACAGGCUAUGGAGCUGCUUGUGUUUCAAGUGGAAGACCUGAUCGUAACUCUGGACAGCCUUGCGGUUGUGGAUCUGGGGAUUCGGGUUGUGCCGAGUGUGGGUGCUGCCGAGCAUGUGCAGAUGAGAUUGAAGGGGAUAGUGAUCAGGACCCAUUUUCCCUAAUGCAAGGACAGCACUCUGGCCUGUUUGGAUUCCCUGAAGUUGGAAAUCUAGGAGGAAAUAUCUUUGGGAGAGCUUGUGGACGUUUACAGGAUCAACUACAGAGGAGACUUGAUGAGAGACGACAUCGACCACGCCAUAGGCACUCUAGAUAUGCACCUACGCUUGCCAGAAAAGGGCUAGGUGGCCAAGCCUCAGCCAUGGAUGGCCACACGGGUAACUUGGGCCAGUUUGAGGCUCGGCUGCUGCGCCUCCUGGCCCCAUCCUCCAACCUUGUGGGCGGUGGUCCUGUUCUGGCCGGUACUGGUAGUCGUGCCCCUGCGGCAGCAAGCCCCGAUCCUGCUGGCAUAGCCGCCCCUGCUGCCCUUGAUCCUCUUGCUACCAGUAACAUCUUAGCAGCAGAAGAUGGUCUUGGGAGUGAUCAGGAGAGAGAUGCAAGUAAGAUAGCUAUGCUCUCUCCUGCACGGGUCCACUUGACAGGGUCUUCACCAGCAGUACAAGUCACUUGUGGGCUUCAUCAUUCUGUUGUGCUGUGUGCCAAUGGAGAAACUUACACCUGGGGCAGUAACAGCUAUGGACAGCUGGGAGUUGGGGAUCUGAUUUCAAGAGGAUCACCAGUCCUGAUCCGCUUACCUCCAAAUGUUCGCGUGACGCAGGUGGCUGCAGGAAGUAAUCAUACAGUUUUUUUAACGUCCAAUGGACAAAUCUACAGUUGUGGAGAUUUUCAGAAAAGUCAACUUGGUCGAUGUGCACCUCAGAGUGAUGCAGGGGAAGGCAGUAGUCGUGGUCGUUGUCCUUGGUACUCCGUGCCUGGCAUAGUCCCUGGUAUUGGACCAAGACUUGGAUGUCGUGCAACAUGGAUUGGUGCAUCUGCUGAUGUCACUUACGUCAAGCUAGAUCAGUCUCUCAUCAAUGCUCAUAAUCUUAGUGCUGCUGCUGUUGUUGCCAAUAGCAAUUGCUUAGUGUUGUUACCAGUUGGUGGGAAAAAAGAGGAGGAGGAGGGAUGGAGAUGUCUAGUUAUCAGUCGGUCUGAUGGGCAGUGUCGCAGUUUCUCUACACAAGAUCAGAUAUGUUUUACUGGCCAUACCAUAUGUCUUGAUCCUGUGUAUAAUGUGCUGUGGAGCUAUGACAACUCUCGUCAAGAUGUGUAUUGUUACAAUAUAGUCGCAGCUGAGGCCCAGAGGCUGUCUAAUGGUGGACUCCAGGAUGGCCUUAGAGAUCUUCUUUCGCCUGAAUUAUCUCUUCCUAUACUACCUGAGUACCAAGUUUCUCGCGCUCAGGUUGCACUGCAUAUGCUGUCAUGCAUAGAUACUGUUACUUGGGCUCAUGAGCAUGGCUUGACUGUGGUAGAAGACGAUCCCCAGACAGUUGCUACUGUACGGGUGUAUACUAGAGAGGACUUCACACCUGUUAAUAGAUUUGAAAGUCAUGGAGGUGGCUGGGGAUACUCAGGCCACUCAAUAGAAGCUAUUCGGUUUAUGUCCGACACAGAUGUCCUUAUUGGGGGCUUUGGACUUUUUGGAGGAAGGGGUGAAUACAUGGGCAAGAUCAAGCUAUUUGAACUUGGAGUUGAGGGAGGGGACCAGGAGACUGAUGGAGAGUUGUUAGCAGAGACAGAGGAGAUGCCUUAUGAGUGUGGCGCACGCCAAAAGUUCCCGAUGCUCUUUGACGAACCGGUUGCUGUGCAAGCUAACAAGUGGUAUGUGGCAUGGGCCCGUGUGAGUGGACCGAGCAGUGACUGUGGAUCAUCAGGGCAGAGUAUGGUCACCACCGAAGACCAGGUUAUUUUCUACUUCAAGUCAUCAAAAAAAUCUAAUAAUGGGACAGAUGUCAAUGCCGGACAGAUUCCUCAGCUAUUGUAUCGUAUUUUAGCACAUGAGGGAUCAGUAACUCCGAGACCAGUCCACGAUUCUUCAGAAUCGAUUCCAAUACUCUCUAAAGGCUUUUUCAUGAGUGUUAGAAAUGAUGUUUUCCAAUCACUGCUGGACCUGCUUGGCUGGGCUUGGUCCACUUUAAGAUCAUGCGUGGGGGAACAAGUGAGUCAUGUAGGCAGCACAGGAGCAAGUCCCACCGUAGCCAUGUUGGAUCUUCAGCGACUUGUGUACAUUUGUUGUGCUUGUCUACGCCUCCUCAGAAUAUACAUUAAUGAAGUCUACCCCAAUUCAGUGCGAACAUUACGAAGUAAUGGUGAAAAGGGCUGCCUUGCAGAGAGUGUUGCAGAUGUACGUGGUCUCCUUCGUCAGAUGCUGUCUGAUCCGAUACCCUCACUUUAUUCCUCACGCAAAGGCAAAAUGCGUAACGGAAGAGAUACAGGACCAUUGACACGAAUGGUGGUCUCUGUACUUGAUGAAUGUCACAAGACAUUUGUAUCUUGCUUCCAUGCAUUUUACCCUACGGGCCAACUGAAGUGGGCUUGCCUCUGUGAUCUUCUGCAGUCGAGAGAUGUGGUAACUAAAGGAAUGGAAGAGACUCGUGAUAGUGAUCGUCUUCUGAGUGCAGUUUUGGCCUCGUUAUGUUCUCCCACUGUGAAGCUGCGUGCAACCUGUCCUAUUCUGACUGACCCUGAUGCAGAAAUCACCCACCGACCCUCACCAGCUGAUAAUGCAGCUCUAUCAACACUUCAACCUGGAGAUUUGUAUCGUUACCCUUUGCUUGUGGAGCACAUGACUUAUAAAACACAUCAGGUGGACAAUGGAAUCGGAGUUGUAUGGACAUUUCGUGAAGUAUUGGAUCGACUUCUUGGAGUAUCAUGUGGCAGUGUUCGGCAAGCCCUGAGAGGGGAGCGGGUAACUCCUCUGCCAGCUCUUGUUCAUAAUACAUGUCUUCUGUUGGCGGCUACUGUGGCAGAGCUGUCAGCAGAAACAAACUCUGCCGAGGGAGAAGUACCUGCAGGUGGCAGAGUUCUUCACAUCACCCCGUCAAGAUUUACCCGUACCUCACAGAGUCGCACCUGGAAUACAGGGAAUGGUUCACCAGAUGCUAUAUGUUUUGCUGUUGACCGGCCAGGCAUUGUUAUAGCUGGUGUGUGUGUGUAUGGAGGUGUAGGGACAUAUGAUUAUGAGGUUGAGGUCAUGGAUGAGAGUGGUGGAGGCGGCCAAGAUCCUUCACAUACACUAGAGAGGUGGAGUGUCAUGGAGAUGGCUAGAGGAACAUUUGGACCAGAUGACUCUGUAGCAGACAUUGUUGAAAUCAAAUUUGAGCGACCAGUUCCAAUAAAGGAAAGUGUAAAAUAUGCCAUACGGUUAUGCAAUCAUGGUGGGAGAACAAGCAAUGGUGAUGGAGGUCUAGCAUCUGUCAAGGGUCCAGAUGGUACAACAUUUACAUUUUCUGCUUGUAGUCUUUCUGUAAAUGGAACAAAUCAUAUACGUGGCCAAAUUCCCCAUAUCAUGUAUUAUAGCACUCCUCAAGACCCAGAAAGCCAACGAAGUACAAGAGAAAUAGCUGAGCAACAAGCCCGCAAGUCUGCUUUGGCUAUGGCUGGAAGUAUUGUUCGUGUAGCCACAGAGCUUAUGAUCAUGGGUCUUGGGGUUGGAGAUGAAACUGCUGUUGAAGUACUAGGCAGUGCUCCUCUGUUAAGCAUGCUUCUGCCUCUUGUGCUGUCUCACAUCGGACCUGUGGCCACCUCAGAUCCUCGGAGUGCUGUUUCUGUACUGGGUUUGAUUCAAGAGAUUUUACCACAUGUUGCUGCUCUAAACAAUCUUAGUUUGGUAACACAACAAACUGUUAUACCUGAAACAAUGGAAGAUUGUCACACAACCACUAGUCAUCAUUAUGCUUGGGCGGAAAGUGAUCACCCGUACCGCCCAGCAGCUGUUGCUAAUUAUCGUGUAAGUUUUCCUGCUGCUGUGCAGUGGAUGACUCUGGAAUUUGACCCUCAGUGUGGUACAGCCCAGCCUGAGGAUUCCUUGCAGGUUUACAUUCCAAGUCUGAGCAGUAAGACUAUUGAUGGUUCAAGUUUCUCAGGCUUAGCAGGACUUUCAAAUGGCCAAGACCGAAACACUCAGGUUUUCAUAAAUCAAGAUGGGGCUCCUCCUCCUUAUUGGGCUGUUCUCAACAAAUUCGCUGGUACUCAGAAUUGGCCUGAACAGACAGUUAUUUUGCCAGGUCAUGAAGUACUAUUUUCUCUGGAAACAGCCUCUGACUAUGUAAAGGAUGACAGAGCCAACACAUACGGAUUUCGAGUGCUGGUUGUUGGGUAUGAAUGGCCACCAACACCACCUGACUCAUUACGACACUUGGAGAAGGAGCUUUCAUACUUGGGAGGGCUGUGUGCCGCAUCACUAAUAAAAAAAGAUCUAUCUCUGCCACCCAUUGCAGGUGAUGACCUAGAUGAAGAUAUGGAACUGGUAGAGGACCUAGCUUUGCAAGUGUAUCGAGCACACCCGACCUUAUUGAGCAAGGGGUUUGCGCUCUCUCAUCCACCAACCAUACACCAGACUUUGGAUGGUGUCAUACCUUUCAGCUGUCACUCCAAUGAACGUCUGUUUCUGCGUGACUUCGUUUCGUGUGCCGGAGGCACCAGUGGUGGACGACUAGCUCGAUGGCUUCAACCUGAUUCGUACGUUGAUGUGAGAGCGUGCGAAGUCUUGUAUAGCAGAGAUGACAUGAGGGCAGGAUGGCCUGCUAUUGUCACUAUCCUCACGAGAGAUCAAUACAAUGAGGUGGUCCACGUGCCGUCACUCAAGGUUGAAGUUGUAGCGGUACCUGUAAGCACAGGAGAGGAAGGUGGUCAGGGAAAGUUAAGAAGAAUAAGCCAGCAUGUACCUGAUAAUAUGACCUUCGGUGGACACCCUCAGCCCUCUUUGGAUGUUCCGUACCAAGUUUCUAUUAAGGACAAGAUGUGUUACUGUGCAAUAACUAUGAUAAAGGCUUAUGAGAAUUAUUCUUUUGAAGAACUUCGCUACAUGUCACCUGCCAUUCGUCGUCCAACAGAAAAUAUGCUUGUACGAAGUAACAAUGAUGGCACUUAUUCGUGUAAUUGGACACCCGGAGCUACUGGCUGGUACUCUCUGCAUGUUACUAUAGAUGGUUACCAACUAGAUGAGACAUAUAAAAUGGAAGUAAAGGAACCGCCGCAAGGUGUGACUCCUCCAGUGCAGAGUACGAUACGAAGAUCGUCGCAGCAACCUUCUCGUCUCCGUAAAUUUGUACUACAGAAUAGUGCUGGUUUGCGGAUACGAACUCACCCAUCUCUUCAGAGUGAGCAGAUAGGCGUGGUCCAUGUUAAUGGAACUAUUGCAUUUGUAGAUGAGGUACAUAAUAGUGACGGCGUUUGGCUGCGAUUGAGCCCAGAAAGUAUACGCCAAUAUUGCACCAAUGGAUAUUCAGAAGCUUGGUGUCUACAAUACAAUCAACAUUUAGGAAAAACACUUCUAGUACCCCUUGACCAUCCCAAAACUAUUCUAGACCAGGUAAUUACUGACACUAUAACUAGACGUCGUGAUGGAAGUCCUCGUCGGGAAACCUCAUUAGGCACUGAUGGUGCCGAGGGUAUGAGUGGAGGUGCAGGGAUGUACACCGUUGUCAAAUGUGGAGCUUCAGGGCAUAACAUUCGAAGUCAGCCUAAUCUGAAAGCACCACCUGUUGGAAUGCUUGUCCUAGGGAAUGUUAUUUCGGCAGACUCUGAUGCUAAGAAUGGUGAUGGUACUUGGGUUCGUUUGGAUUCCGAGAGCACACGCAAAUAUUGCUUCACUGAUGGGGAGGCAUGGUCUCUAGCUAUGUCUCGAGGUCAUACACUUUACCUUCAACGUUCUCAUAGCCACAGUCAUCCCUACUUGUCAUCCCUGCCUGAUGCAAAUAAUAUGGUUGGCCAUCAGGGAUUUGACUUCACCCAUGCUCAGACUAGUCCUGUGUUUCGACCAUUCCAACAACCAGCAGUCAGUGGUGACCCCUUUGUCUUUGGUGCAUUAACUCGAGGCCGAGGGGAUGGAAGUAGCAGUGCUGGGGUGCAGAGGCCUACAAGUGGCGGAGAUGAGUGUAGUCCACAGAAAUCAUCCCUUCAGUUUGUUGAUGCAAACACCACAACUGAUGAAUCUGAGGCUACUGGAGUUACAAUGAAGCAGCAGCAGCAACAGCAGCAGCAGCAGCAACAACAACAGCAGCAACAACAACAACAACAGGAUUCUUCUCAACAUCCUGGGAAAUUCUCGGUUCUGCAUCGGUGGCUUAAAGAAGAACAGCACAAGCACACAUCUCCUCAUGCACCACACCCUGCACAUGUUCAACAGCAGCAGCAGCAACAGCAGCCACAACAACAGGUACUGCAACAUCCUCAGUUGCAACACAGCCAGCAGCAGACUCAGACAUAUGACAAGAAAAUGGAGAAAAAGCAGUCACAACAGUUAGCUGUGUGCUUGUCACGUGAUGUUCCACCAGAACUGCAAGGUGUUUCUGUGAAAGAUUUGGUCAAAGCUAUUGGAGAAUCUCGUGCUAAUGGAAAUGGAGCAACUCCACCUCGCACUCCACCUGCAACACCAAAGCGAUUGUCACGCUCUUCUAGCCCACGGGCAGCUGGAGUUGGGCCCUCCGGAAGUGCUGGGGUUAUUCAAGGAUCUGGAACAUCACCACGUCAGAUAUCAAGAUCUUCCAGUCCAGUACCUAUUCCAGGUCGUGGAAGAGAAAGUGCAAGCAGUUCUCCAUUGCACAGUUCACCGCGGGCAACUGCUGUUUCACCAUUAGUGUCAGGUGCUGGUGUGGGAGGAGAUAGGGCAGCCGGUAGUCCUCCAUCAGCUAUUCGCAGUGCAAAUGAUUCUCUUAGUGACACAAGUGCUUUUGUCUCCAGUUUAACACAAGAUAUGUCUCACUCACCAAGCAUUUCCUCUUUGCCUACUUCAACACCAAGCACUCCAAGAAGGGAACCAUUAAGCACUAGUCCAAAAACAGUAACUCAAACAGCAACACAAACCAGUCCAGAAGGAAUUAAGUUUAACAUUGGUUCAACUGGGUCUAGAGAUGAAAACCUCCGCCUGUCACCAAAAAUGACACGUAAGGAUCGGUCUGGAAAGCCACAUAGAGGAAAACGUGAUCAUGCCGUCUCUCCCGCUUCAUCUCAACGAGAAAAACCCGGUCCUAAUCGUGAUAAAGUGAAAGAAGCCAUGAGUCCAUCUGUGGCAGAAUGUUUACGAGCAAUUUUUGCUGCAUUCCUUUGGCAUGAAGGAAUUGUGCAUGAUGCCAUGGCUUGUGCCUCUUACAUGAAAUUCCAUCCAGAUUUGUCAAAACAAGGAACCUUUCACUGGAAACCUCGUGCCGCAACAGCUGCAAAAUCAGAAAAACUAACAAAGGAGCAAAAAGCUCGACAAAGACAUUCAGUUGAAGUAAGCACUUACAGCUAUUUAAAUAAUGUGACCCUCCAGAAUACUGACGAUCUUCUUAAGCCUGGAACAAAUGCAAAUAUCAACGAAGUGCCACGUAUUAGUGACAACAGUGAAGAUGAGGCAGCUAGUAGAACUGGAGUUUGUUAUGUUCAGGGACCUCAGGGACAGAAAUUAGCAACAGUAAUGGAAGGAGGUACUGGUCCAGAACCUCCAGAUUUGCCUCCAGUUCUUCGUCACGUAGUUCUAUUGUGGGAAGAACUCACAUCUAGUUGCCUAAAAGCUGUUGCUCAGCAGAUAAUACUUCCAUCACCUACAAUUCCUGCCCGUUUAAAAAAAUCAGAUAAGAUUAAAGAUAAAAGUGAUAGGGAAAAGAAAAAGCAUAAAAAGAAAUCAUCUUCAAGUGGUAUCCCAAUGUUUGGUAUUGACCCAGGUAUUGGGGAAGAUGAAGACGGUGUGUGUGAACUCUGUGGUAGCAAUGUUUCUCUGGAAAAUAUUGAACAGCACUUCCGGACUUUACAUCCAGGUUGUGGUGGGUCAUCCAAAGGUUGUGGGUAUGUUGGAACACGUUGGAAAGUCUUCCCAACCAAAGAUCGUGUUUCUCAGCCGUGUGGGGAGGUGGUACGAGGAUGUUUCCACAUGUGUUGGAGUUGCCGUAAUAGACACAAAGGCCAAUAUAGUCAAUUUUCAGGUAGCAAAAUUAGUAAUGGUCGAACAAAAAGAAAAUCAAAUAGUAAAUUACUUUCUCCUCUUCCCCAGCUGGAUGCCCAUGUGAUUAUGAGAAAUAAUGCAAUGUUUUUAUUAGAUUUAGCAAGUGCAGCAGCAUCGGCAAUUCCAUGUCACAGCCAUGCUGUAAGGAGAUCACCAUGUACAAUGCCAUCUGUAUCACUGAGCCCUGACAACAGUCCUUUUCCUAAGGUAGCAUUUCAGUGUUUGCAUACUCUCAACUGUCAGCAGCAACACCUCAACCAGCUGCGAGAGGACCUGUUGCUGCAUCAUACCUUCCACUCGGCAGAUAACAAUGACUAUCGCAGCAGCUCUGCUGAAUCGCGCGAUAACAAUCAUAGAGAGCACUCGCCCUUCUCACCCCCAGGGGCUUCCCACCAAGAAUCUCCUGCAUCUGAUACAGAGAUGCCUCGGGGCCGUCCAUUCCAUCGAUCCAUAUCAGUCACGGUGGGAACCUCAGGACAAGACUGGAGCUCUGCAGCAGCAUCUGCUUCAGCCUCUCAGCUUGAACAUGAUCAUAAAGCUACUGUUGUUCUUAGAAAACGCAACAACAGCAGUGGUGAAAAUGCAGUUGAUAGUGGUGGUAGUUCCCUGCUAGUGCACCCGUCAGCAGCGCUGGAACGCUUAGCUACUUGCAUUGAACGAGGAGGUGGGCCAACUGGGGACCCAGGUGGACGAGCACGUCAGGUCAUUAUCAGACCCAUCAUGGCAUUCAUAUUCCAGAAUCAUGACCUGGAAACCCUUGCAUUUGCAAUGCGUCACGCAACUCGUAAAGCAGCUGCAAGAGUAUAUGCAAUGCAGGCACUAAACUGGUUACUGCGAAGUGUAACUCAACCAACGUGUCUACACGACUUGUUGUGGUGCUUUGUUGCUGCUCUGACCCCUUCCGUCCCUGCCAUGCCACCCCCUUCUGAUGACCAUAAUCCACAAGAUCAUCCCCAUCUUAGAGACAAGUCUCAUGAUCUGGAUGGUGAUAUGGUGGUGCUGGAACAUCCUUUAAGCGACGUAACUCUUGCGGGUGAUGCAGUCCACCCGUUGCCUCGAACAUUUCACCAGUUGCUGCAAACAGUUGCUGAUCUUAUGAUGCUCCUUCCUCCUGGUUCACCACUACAAAUGAUGGCUGUCAGAUGCUGGGGGCUUCGAUUUACUCCAACAGAUCAUGAUUUUCUCCACCAAAGUCAUGUCUUUUCCAACAUUUCCAAGAUCCUUUCACGAUCUGAAGAGGUGUUAGGAGCUGGAGAGGAAGGUGUCACCUCUAUGUAUGAGAGUCAUGGACCGGUAACAAGUAUGGUGGAAAGCCUGCAUGACUUAAUGAGUGAGUGUGAGAUCCGUGCCUCAAGCAGGCAAGCAAUGGUUCCAUCUCUGACCGAUUCAUCCACCGAAACCUUCUGGGAAUCGGGCGACGAAGACCGUAACAAGACAAAGGCCCUAACUAUUACAUGUCCUAUAUCUGUUCGGCCACAAACCAUUUAUGUUCAUAUUGAUAAUUGCAGAGACCUUGGGAACAAAGUAUCCAGUGUGGUAUUUAAGUGUGGUGGAGCCAUUGAUGAUAUGAUUGUAGCAAGAAAAGUAGAUGUGGAAAGCAGAUUUACUGGCUGGCUUCAUGCUGUUCUACCCUGUGAUAUAAUCACUACCAUGGUCAUUGAAAUAAGAGGACCUGACCAAAGUGUGCGUGUGCGACAAGUGAGGGUGCUUGGUAGUGGUGACAGUGAAGGGGGAGCAUGUUCACGACCCGUGCGGCAGCAUUCUCCUCUUACUAUCCAACAUCGUGCCUGUGAGCAAGAGACUCUUAAAGUGUUCAGACUCAUUACUGGACAGGUAUUUGGCCGCCUUAUAAUAACUGCAGAAAGUGGGAACAGAGGCGGAGGAGAAGCAGGUGACAUCUGUGCAGGAAACAUAGAAGUUGGAGAGGAGCAAGAACGUAACAAUGAUCUUAGAGAACAUAUGGUUGGCAUCCUGUUUUCAAGAUCUAAACUUACACAUCUUCAGAAGCAGGUUUGUGCGCACAUAGUACAGGCUAUACGCAAGGAAACAGUAAGGGCCCGUGAAGAAUGGGAGGCUGGACUGAGCUGUGGAGGUUUAGGUACUCCAGCUACUCCUGAAGAAGGUCAAAAUAAUCCUCCCGACACUUACUGCUUUGAGAUGCUGUCCAUGGUCUUGGCUCUGAGUGGAUCAGCAGUAGGACGUGCACAUCUAGCUCAACAGGAUCGUUUACUAAGGCACUUGCUAUCACUGUUACACACUGGCUCUGCUCGUGUCCAAAGACAGGUUGUAGCCUUGUUCCGGCGCAUGUUAGCCGAUGUUCCUCCACAAUCUCUUGCUCUCAUCUUGGGUGUCGAAGUUCUUCCUGCUCAAGAUUAUGCUAUUCUUCAUGCUGCUACCCAGGAUGAGGAUAACACCUUUGAUAUUCAUAUACAGGGCAUACUUGACGUGUUCCUGGCUGUGAUUGCGAAGGCACUGACUGUUCAAAUCAAGACAAAGGGGAAUGAAGGCAGUAAAUCAGCAGUGUGCCAAGGCAAGGGUGGAGUGACGUCAGUGACACUUGCCACAACCAUGCCCACACCAACUGCCAACUCCCCUCGCUGGUGGCUCCAAGGCUCGGCUACACAAAAACAAGCUGACCUUAUUAUUAGUUUAAUUAGGGAUAUGACAGUGGGUAAAUUAUCUGAUGCGUGGGCUAAAGUAAGUAAAGCAGCAAUAGCAGAGAAUAUCAUUAAUCUAACCCGGUUGAGUGAAAAUGAGCGAUCGUGUGCGGCUACUUGUCUGGCAACACCCACCUUGUGGCUGGCUCUGGCUUCACUGUGUGUUCUGCACCCAGACCAUGUUGAUGCUUUGUCUUCACAACACUGGCAAGCAACUGCAUCUUCUGGUGAUCCACAUAAUCCUGAGCCCAGACCAACCUGUGAGAAUCAUGAUGAUGGGGAAACCCUUGCAAUGAUACUUUGUGAAGAAUGCGCCAGCAACCUGUGCGGCGAGUGUGACCGCAUCCUUCAUUUGCACCGUCGGACAAGACAUCAUCAUCGUACCGUCUUUAGACAGGAACAAGAGGCUAUUAAGGUGGACCUUCAUGAGGGAUGUGGUCGAACAAAGUUGUUCUGGCUACUGGCCCUGGCAGACUCCACCACGUUGAAAGCCAUGUUAGAACUCCGUGGAGAGAAUCAGCGAUCUCGGGGCUCUGUGGCCACAUCAACCUGCCGCUUUUGUGGUGCUCCGGCUCAACCUUCUCUGCUCUCACCCGCACCAGUGUGUCAAGACCCAGACUGCCAGGAGUAUAGCCAUGAAGCCUGUGUUCGCACUCACGACUGUGGCCACCUGUGUGGAGGCCUGAAAGGAGAGUCUUCGUGUUUGCCCUGCUUACACGGCUGUUCUAAUACACCCUCACUGAAGCAAGAUGCAGAUGAUAUGUGUAUGAUCUGCUUUUCUGAGGCCCUCUCCGCUGCUCCUGCCAUCCAGUUAGAGUGUGGCCAUGUAUUCCAUGCUCGUUGUUGCCGCACAGUAUUAACCAGGCGUUGGCCCGGGCCUCGCAUUACCUUCACAUUUUCCCUGUGUCCCAUCUGCAAGGUACGUGUAACUCACGGAGUCCUUGCAGAACUGUUAGCCCCAAUUUCAGCGCUGUAUGAAGAUGUUCGCCGCAAGGCUCUGAUGCGGCUAGAAUAUGAGGGCCUUCACCGAGCAGAAGCAAUAUCUACCCCAGGUGCCCGCUACUAUAACAACCCUGCAGCUUAUGCCAUGGACCGUUAUGCUUACUAUGUGUGCUUCAAAUGUAAUAAGGCAUAUUAUGGCGGUGAAGCCCGCUGUGAUGUAGAAGCUGGCCUUGGCGAUGAAUAUGAUCCUAGGGAACUCGUGUGUGGAGCAUGCUCUGACGUCUCUCGUGCACAGAUGUGUCCAAAGCAUGGAACAGAUUUUUUGGAAUACAAGUGUCGGUACUGCUGCUCGGUAGCAGUGUUCUUCUGUUUUGGCACCACACAUUUUUGUAACGCUUGUCACGAUGACUUCCAGAGAGUCACAAACAUCCCAAAAGCUGAGCUACCGCACUGUCCUGCAGGUCCUCGAGCCCAGCAGUUGGAGGGUGAAGAGUGUCCGCUCCACGUCCAGCAUCCGCCCACUGGAGAAGAGUUUGCUCUUGGCUGUGGAGUUUGUCGGAAUGCUCACACAUUCUAAUUUACCUCAACGUUUAAUUUAGUUUUAUCACAUCUUACAGUUGAUAGUAUAUAUUAUACUCCUAUAACUUGCUGCAAUGUCUAUAAAGCCCAUAUUGCUCUGUUCAUUUUAAGUUUCACUGAUUACAUUCAAUUUAAAAGUAAGAGAGAUAUAAUUUAUAAAAAAAUGUUGAAGGGCAAGAAAAAAAAGAUGUAUAUUUACUGUACAGUAUAGAAAAUAUUUUGAGAACUUUUAAAUUUUUGGAUUUUUUCUAAAUAUUUUUGUCAGGUAACCUUGGAUUCAAAAUAAAUAGUACAGUACUUAAGUUUGAAAAUGUAAUAUUAAUUUUACUGGUAAAGAUUUCAUCUUAUUAAUUUAGACAGUUGAUCAAAGACAUGUUUAAGUGGUGUAUAUAUAUCUCAGAAUAGUUAUUAAAAAGUUUCCAUGCUGCUCAAUAUUUAAUAGGGAGAAGCACUUCUUAUUUAAAUUGUACUAUGUACAUGUUUUCCUAUAAAUAUAGUAUUUUUUCAUAAAUUCUUUAUGCAUGCUAUAUUUAUUUUUUCAGUAGCAACUUUUCAUAGACUUUUUAUAAAUAUCAUUUUUUAAUUGAUCACAAUGUGUUAAAUAUCCUGUAAGAAAACGGUACUAUACAGAUGUAAAGUAUGUAUAAAUAUGUAUUCUUCCUUCAGUAGCUGAUGAUUUCCAUGAUUACUGUUGUUGUUGUGCUAUGUCUAGUGCACAAAAUGUGUACGCUUUCUUUAUUUAGCUCUCUCAUAGUGCUUAACUUUCAUUCAUGCAUUACAAUAUAGUUGUUUCUUUAUUUGUGUUCAUGAAUCUAUCAGUAAUGCUACUCAAUAAGAUCAUAAUGAAUUGAGAAGUAGUGAUCUUGGAGUUCCAGUUUAUCAUGUACAGUAAUGCACUGGUGUGCCAGUAGUAAUACGCAUCAAAUUUUGCAAUUCACAGUUUGAGAUUUAUAGGUCGUGACAUUUCUUUCGUUGUUUCACUAAUUUAAAUCUUAAAUGUAUAGCUUAUCAAUUUGUACAUAGUGGCUGAUACAGGUGUCACAUUAUCUUAACAUAUAUAUUUUUUGUUAAUAAAGCCCUUUAUGCCAUCUCUCACUUUUCUAGGGUACAUCUUGCAAGGCAUGAAGGGUUCAUAGUCCAGUAGUGUUUAUGUUCAUUAGAGUUCAUAGUCCAGUAAUGACCAAUGGUCCAGCUAUGGUUCAUGGUCCAGUAGUAACCAAUGGUCCAGCUGUGGUUCAUGGUCCAGUAGUAACCAAUGGUCCAGCUGUGGUUCAUGGUCUAGUAGUAACCAAUGGUCCAGCUGUGGUUCAUGGUCCAGUAGUAACCAAUGGUCCAGCUAUGGUUCAUGGUCCAGUAGUAACCAAUGGUCCAGCUGUAGUUCAUGGUCCAGUAGUAACCAAUGGUCCAGCUGUGGUUCAUGGUCCAGUAGUAACCAAUGGUCCAGCUGUGGUUCAUGGUCCAGUAGUAACCAAUGGUCCAGCUAUGGUUCAGGUUUCUGUGCUCGCUGUUGUGUUUGCAAAGUGGGUAAUGAAUUUGUUGCUAAGGUCCUUACUAUUUCAUGAAAAUGCUCACUUUAAAAAUAGUUUUUGUUUUUAAUUAUAAAAGUGAAACUUUAGAUAAAGAAAAUACAGUACAGUAAGAAAUAUCUUUACAGAUAAAAAAAAACAUUAAAUACAGUAAGAUGGCUAGGGAAAAUAUUCUGUUGUCAAUUUUAUAAAUACUGUACUCUUUUUGUUCAUGGUAUUUUGUAUGUUUUUUUUUUCUCUCUGUCAGUAGGUUAUUAUAAAUUCAAGAGUUUAAUAUCCAAUGGCACCUCAAAAAUCUGGACCUUGAUUUAGGGGAUUCCUCUAUAAAGUUCAAACCAAAUCUGCUUCCGGGAUUUUUCUUCAAAAUUCAGGUUUGUAAAACAAAAUCAGGAAUUCCAGGAGAGGGAGGCAGUGACAUCCAGCAACAGUUAAUGUAAAAAUAAUUUUCAUCAAAUUGUAUUGCAGUAUUUUUCUUAUUCUUCCUAAUCUUGAUUUCUUUGUGUAUAAAUAGUAUUAAAAAUAAUGUAGUUAUAUUUUAGAAAUGUUUCACAAAGCUUGUACUGCACUAUAAAUUACACAAAACAGUUUGUUUCUUGCAUUUUUUGGUGCAUUUCUAGCACUGUGAGCUAGUGCUUGCGUGUUUGUAUUCCCUGUGUGAGCGUGCAGUAUGACCUCCUGCUACUGGAGCCAUUUCACCGAGUUCAUGUUGAAUAUAUACACCAGUAAUUAUCUGCGAUUUGCAACCAUGUCAUCCAGCAAGAGUGGAUAAGAUGGAGCCGGUAAAGGUAAAAGGAACUUCCUUACCAUGGAUAAAAAGGUAGUUAUUAGAGAGAGUAGAUUAUGGUGUGGCAAGUAAAUGAUUGGCAGAGUAUGUCACAGGUACUAGUGCAGAGCCGGUCGGCCGAACGGACAGCAUGCUGGACUUGUGAUCCUGUUGUCCUGGGUUCGAUCCCAGGCGCCGGCGAGAAACAAUGGGCAGAGUUUCUUUCACCCUAUGCCCCUGUUACCUAGCAGUAAAAUAGGUACCUGGGUGUUAGUCAGCUGUCACGGGCUGCUUCCUGGGGGUGGAGGCCUGGUCGAGGACCGGGCCGUGGGGACACUAAUGCCCCGAAAUCAUCUCAAGAUAGUACCGAUUUGGAUAUAAAAAACUAAGGAAAGAUAUCAUGGAGUUUGUCAGUAAGAAGGCAAGCAGUGGUGGAAGAAGUGGUGACAAAAACAUUGCAGUCAAGUAAAUAUGACCAGCUGGAUAAUGCUGCUUAUGUGUGGCUUAUGCAGCAUCAAGUACAUUACAGUAUGAUGUGAAAGCUUAGUAUUGCACUGCACACACUAUACAGUACUAUAACUAUAUCCUGCUACCACUGGGUUAAGAAGCCCAAUCUCUGCUCCAAAAAUGUAAGUAAACAAAUACAGUAUUUUUUGUAUAUUGAUAUAAUAAUUAUACCCCCCACCAAAAUCACUGUUUAUAUGUAUUUGUCUAAAUAUGCAGAAACAUGUAUCUCUUGCUAUAACAAAAUGCAGAAAAUGUGGUGGUAAAUAGGCAAAAAAAGGGCAAAUGUCCAGAAAACCGGAUCAGGCUUAGAAAGAUAUAAUCUGGAUUUUUGAGGUGCACCUGUAUUGUAUGUAUGUGUAUGAGUACUGUAUAAAAGUAGGUGUUUAUGUAUAUAUUUACUGUAUGUAUAAUAUAUAUACACAUACAUACAUACAUACUGUAUAUACAUCAAUACAUUCACACAAUAUUUGUAUAUAUAUGUAUGUGUGUAUGCAGGUAAUGUAUGUUAAAAUUUUAGCAUACAUCGUAUAUGUGCAACAAAGUUAAUCAUAUACUGUAUCCACAUUCAGACUGCACUGUACAUGAUGGGUGCAGAGGCACAGGGACACACACAUGCUUAAAUUAAGUCUCCAAACAUAACAGACUGUAAGAAUUCUUUGGAUAAAAAACGAAAACAACAAAAAUCUUUCCAGUACUGGUGUAGAAUAACUGGUUGUGCUGGUUCUCUGGUUCUAACUGGUUCUCUUUACGUUUAUCAGUACUCUUACCAGUAGCCGCAACAUUCCUACUGUGAUGAUUUGUUGUGCUUUGUUGCAAUGUUUCAUACAACUUUGUUCUAUAUAUCUUAUAUUUAUUAUAAGUCAUUGUCUUUGGAUGUGGUGUUUAUGAUAUUUGUAUAGUUGAUUACUUAUGAAAUCAAUAAGCUAUUUAUUCUUUGCGCCGUCAGGUCCUUAAAUGUGCCCGACAUAAUUUAUAUUAUCUGUAUGGUAGUGUAGGUUUUAGACUGUCAAACAGUAAUUGGAAUUGGUUAAAAUCAUUUGUCUGCCUAUUAUGGCUUAUAUUAGUGUUUAUGAUAUUGGAAAAAUGGCCAUAAAUGAUAUUUGAAUACGUAUCUAAAAGAUAUUUGUAUUAUUUAUUCAAAAAAUUGUAUAGUCCAAACUGGCAUAUUUGAUUUCUCAAAGAAAGCCUGUAUAACACUAUGAUUAGUGGUUCUAGCAGCAGCAGUGUGCCCUACAAACAAUAUUUAAUGUGUGUGUGUGUGUGUGCAUUUUUGUUAUCAGAUUUGUGUGCACUGUACUUGCAUGCACACAUGUAUGUACUCACUUAGUUGUGAGUACGUGUGUUUGUAUGUGCAUAUGUACACGUGUGUGUGUGUGUGUGUAUAUGUAUACAAACCCACACAUACAUACAUACUUGCAUACAGGCAUACAUACAUGGGUGCAUAAGAGUUUACCCAAGGUAGGUUCUGGAACCUCUGCUAUACUCUCUGCAGCUUGAAUGGCAUCCAAGCAUCAUAAGUCAAAUCUUGAUCAUGCAGGCUGUUUUUGUUUGAAACCUGUUUACCCACUAAACCUGUGUGUGUUGCAUAUGUUUUCAGAGGUAAGUGAUUUCUUGUAAGGUGCACCAAAAAAAAAGUAACAGAAAUAUUUAAGGGCAUAUUUAUGUAACUUCUUUAGACCUUAUAUUUGUGGAGUAACUUUGAUUAUGUAUCAUUUUACCAGUGGCAUAUGGGCACGGCCCUUGGCUGUGUUGUAUUAUGUAAACCUGUUAGCAAAGUCUACAAGGCAGUAUUCUUUAAUUGUAAGCAAUCUAGUCCUACCGAAAAAACCAGCUGAACUUUCUUCCAAGACAGAACUGACAAACUCGGUAUUUGUCUUUAUUUUUACAUUUAGAACAAACUGAGAAUUUAGUUUCUAGUAUUUGACAUGAAUAGAUUACUUUAAGAAUGUUGUAUAUAUUUUAGGUAGCUGGCCAUAUCAGUUCUUACAAUAUGACCAGAAAAUAAUGAUGAAUUCAUUAAUUGCAAUAAGCUCAAGAUGUGAUUGGUCAUCAUUCUUAAUCAAAUAUUACACUGAAUACAGUAUGAGUACUGUACAUAAUAACCUUGAAAGCCUACAAAUCAAACAUAAUUCAUUUGUCGCAAUUCACCAAGGUCAGUGAUAUUGUCAUUUAUAGCAGUAUGUAGAGUCUACCAUUUCAGUUUCCAUAUCACUGAAAAAUAAAGUUCUGAAGCAAA